ACGGAUUACUCGACUGUCUUUCUCGCUGCAGGUUUGGGAGUGGAAAGGCCUGGACGUCAGCGGAAACAUCAUUCCUCAUCGUCGACACUCCACUACCUUAUCGUACACUGCGCCGGUCCGUCGGGGAAGGCACUCUGCAUCCAGCACCAUCCAGCAACAGAGACAUCGCUACAGUAGCAACUCCGAACCCGACCCAAGCAUUUGCCAGCUGCUUGACGCAUUGGCGCCAACAUGCCUGCCGAGGACGACCCCAAAACACACGACUUCGACCAACGCCAUGACGGGCCCUUCGACCAACCACCGCCGCGCCCUUCCGUACAGAUCGAUACCACUGCCACCUCCGCGCUGAGGAGUCCGAGUAGCCCGCACAAUGCCACACCGUCCGCCACGAAACCGCGCAAGAGCGUGCAACUCCCAGAAUCGCCCUCAGAUCCCACAUCCCCGCCUCGUCGCAGCACAACAAUAGGAAGAGAGCGCAAUCCUCGACCUUCGCAAGAUUUCGAUAUCCGCCGCGAUGGACCAUAUGGGCGCCCUUCGAUCACCAUGACGCGGCGGCGCUCGUCCGCGAACGUUGUACGGCCAGAAUUGAACCACACCCAGAGUUCUGAGCAAGCAGAUCCUGCCGCGCCAGGUUUAGAAGCAUUGGAACAAUACAGAACAGCAGAAGAAUCAGAAGCGCCGUUUGCGUUGGAGCCGCCGCCGCUCAAUUACGAUCUGUGGGAGAGAAGAUGGUUCAUUGCAUUCUUUUGGACCAUGAUCCUGGUGGAUUGCGUUGCGGCGCCCAUUGUCCUAUACUUCUGCCUCUGGUAUCUGACCAGCUUGUCGCCAAACGCAACAUUCUCCAUCGUCACCGCAGCUCUGGGAGGUGUGAGCAUUGUGGAAUACUUUGUGCGCUUCUGGAGACUAUGGAAGAAGGACAGCACAUGCAGAGUGAUGGGCGCGAGGAGAAAAUACCUAGAUUGGUUUCACUGGAACUUCACUUUGGGCUGGGUAAUCAUCAUGAUUGAGCUGAUCGUCGGCACCGUUCCGGAAAACCCACCGAUUCGUCUCCUUGGAAUGCCACUCGCCUCUAUGAUGUGGGUCUUCGGAACUGAGCUCAUUGUCGUCGAUAUCAUGCGAUACUUCGAAGUACCCGCUCCUGUCCGCAUUUCCUCCAUUCCAAAAGGCGCCCAACUUCGCCCUGCCAUCUACAGCAUGAUCGAGGACGUCGUUGCCGUGGAUGGAAGUGGCGGAACUGAAUAUCGCGAAGCGCUUAACCGCCGCUAUGAAGCCUCGCACGUUUUCCGCUCACUUUUACGACGACUAGGCAUCUUUUGGGCUCUUGGCGCGGAAGGAAUGGCCAUGCUCACUACGAUUUUAAUCUUCACUAUACAUCCUGAGGCAGCAUAUGUGGUGGGCUGGAGUGCGCCAUUUAUAUGGGCGGGUAUAUGGACCGGGGCGACAAUAUGGUACGCCAAAUACAUGCUACGGAAGGAAAAAAUCGCUUGGGCGGAAGAAUUGCAGGAAAAGCAAGUGAAUCCGGUCACUUUGCCUGGCGAGCCCGCGAUUCUCCACGACUCUGAGCCGAGCGAAGGCAAGGACUAGCAGCCCCGUGUCUCGAGGGUGCUGCUCAGCUGUUCAGAGCGACGUUGGCUGGUGCCCUCGUGCUGAGGUCUGACGCGGAUUUUCCGGAUUUUUAGUGUAAUGAACUGUAUGAAUAAGCAUAACUUGCAUAGCGUGUGAUGAAUAGUACGGCCGCAGC